AUGUACGGGCUGCUGCAGAGCAUGAGGGAUCGGACGCCGGUGGAGAGCGACAAGUGCUUGCAGGACUCGGUGCAGCAGCUGCCGAGCUGCUGCUCCGGUCACCGGGGCGGGGUGGUGCUCGGCUACGACUGCUACCUGCGAAUUAAAGGGGUUUAUGUGACUCUCGCCGUCGCCUUCUCUGUUGGAACAGUCCUCACCGCAGUUGUCAUCGCUGGUGUUUUCCUCUAUCGGCGAAAGGUCAACCUGAUGAAAACACCACCAGCUUUUUUUCUGAAAGGCAACAGUAGUAGCAAUGACGACGACAUAGGAUAUGUUGAGCCCGAGCAACUUAAUCUCGUGGUGUUAAGAGCUGCAACAAACAAUUUCUCGGAAGGAAACAAACUUGGAGAGGGAGGUUUCGGAGAAGUGUUCAAGGGUACAUUACAGGACGGGACAGAGAUAGCUGUGAAGAGGCUUUCACAGAACUCCUCACAGGGGUUCCAAGAGCUUAAGAAUGAGCUCGUGCUAGCUGCCCAGCUUAAGCACAGGAACCUGGUGCAGCUCCUGGGGGUCUCCUUGCAAGAAGAGAAGCUAGUCAUCUACAAGUACAUGCCCAAUAGAAGCCUAGACAUCUUCCUUUCCGAUCCAGUGAGACGGCAGCAGCUGGAUUGGAACAAGAGGCUUGCUAUCAUCUGCGGUAUGGCACGGGGACUUUUGUAUCUCCACGAGGAGUCUCGCUUGAAGGUCAUCCACAGAGAUCUAAAGCCGAGCAAUGUAUUGCUCGAUGUGGAUAUGAACCCCAAAAUUUCAGAUUUCGGCAUUGCCAGGGCUUUCGUCGGAGACCAGUCUAGAGAUAUAACAAAACGACCUGUUGGAACACUCUGGUACAUGUCCCCAGAGUAUGCCUACUGGGGGCACGUUUCGACAAAAUCGGACAUAUUCAGCUUCGGUGUGAUAGUCCUAGAGAUGGUGACCAGGCAAAGGAACAACAGCGCAUACAGCGACACUUUCAGACUCUGUGUCUGUACUGAGCCAUGUAUGUGUAUGGUACUGCUUGGGCACUGUCAUUAUUUUUUUUUCUCGAACAUGCAGGAGAGCUGCGUAUCUUUAGAGAAGGUUUGGGACAACUGGAGGGCUGGUUCGAUGGUGGAUGUGGUGGACCCAUUGCUGGCCGUGUCGCGGUACCGAGAGUGA